AUGAAGUCACAGGCAGCAGGGAACCUGCAGCAGACCAUUUUAUCAAAGCUGAAGAUGGUACUGUGGGAUUGGAUUAAGAAAAGAAAAAGUGGAGGUGAAGGUCUGAAGUGCUCAUCUCUUCAUGUUCAUCAGAGAAUCCAUACUGGAGAAAAACCUUAUAAAUGUGAUGAAUGUGGAGUGUACUUUGGUAAGUCCUCAUAUCUUCAAUGUCAUAGGAGAACCCAUACUGGAGAGAAACCUUAUAAAUGUGAUGAAUGUGGAAAGUCCUUUGUUCAGUCCUCCAAUCUUCAAUAUCAUAGGAGAAUCCAUACUGGAGAGAGACCUUAUAAAUGCGAUGACUGUGGAAAGUACUUUAGAAAUAUAUCGUCUCUUCAUGUUCAUCAGAGAAUCCAUACUGGAGAAAAACCAUAUAAAUGUGAUGACUGUGGAAAGUCCUUUGGUAAUUCCUCAUAUCUUCAAUGUCAUAGGAGAACCCAUACUGGAGAGAAACCUUAUAAAUGUGAUGAAUGUGGAAAGUCCAUUGUUCAGUCCUCCAAUCUUCAAUAUCAUAGGAGAAUCCAUGCUGGAGAGAGACCUUAUAAAUGUGAUGACUGUGGAAAGUACUUUAGAAAUAUAUCAUCUCUUCAUGUUCAUCAGAGAAUCCAUACUGGAGAAAAACCUUAUAAAUGUGAUGAAUGUGGAAAGUCCUUUGCUAACUCCUCCCAUCUUCAAUGUCAUAGGAGAACCCAUACUGGAGAGAAACCUUAUAAAUGUGAUGAAUGUGGGAAGUCCUUUGUUCAGUCCUCCAAUCUUCGAUAUCAUAGGAGAAUCCAUACUGGAGAAAAACCUUAUAAAUGUGAUGAAUGUGGAAAGUCCUUUGGUAAGUCCUCCUAUCUUCAAUGUCAUAGGAGAACCCAUACUGGAGAGAAACCUUAUAAAUGUGAUGAAUGUGGAAAGUCCUUUGUUCAGUCCUCCAAUCUUCAAUAUCAUAGGAGAAUCCAUACCGGAGAGAGACCUUAUAAAUGUGAUGACUGUGGAAAGUAUUUUAGGGAUAUAUCAUCUCUUCAUGUUCAUCAGAGAAUCCAUACUGGAGAAAAACCUUAUAAAUGUGAUGAAUGUGGAAAGUCCUUUGUUAACUCCUUCCAUCUUCAAUGUCAUUGGAAAACCCAUACUGGAGAGAAACCUUAUAAAUGUGAUGAAUGUGAAAAGUCAUUUAUUAAGGAUGAGAAUUUUCAGUUUCCUACUGUAGCUGCCAUGAAUGACACUUGUUUCCAUGUCACUUUCAUUCUGACCCUGUAUCAGUCUGGAACCAAUGGCCAAUAA